AUGUUCCGUAACUACGAACUGCGCACGGCGUACGCGGCGACGGCGUCGCGGACGCUGCCGAUCACGCUGGUGGUUGGAUUUCUGGGCGCGGGGAAGACGACGCUCGCGAGACGCGCGCUGGAGAAUCGACAGACGCUGCGCGUCGCGGCGGCGGUGAACGAUUUCGCGGCGCUGAACGUGGACGCGCGGUUGGAUGGGAGAGCGGCGGCGCGGGUGACGGAGCUGACGAACGGGUGCGUGUGCUGCUCGCUGCGAGACGAUUUAGAGCGAGGGGUGAUCGAGCUGCUGAACGCGGACGAAAACGGGGGGGAAUUGGGGGUGUUUGAUUACCUGCUGAUCGAAACGAGCGGGUUGGUGGAUCCGGGGGAGGUGGUUUCGAGGUUGGAUAGGAACUUUGGGGCGCUGACGCGCGCGCGUUUGGACGGCGUGGUGUGCGUCGUGGACGCGGAGAUUGCGUCGGAAGGAGGACCCGAGGUCGAACGAGAGGCGUGGGACGCGCAGUUGGCGUGCGCUGACGUCGUGCUUCUGAAUAAGAUUGAUUUACUUGAGGGGGAUGAAGAGAGAUUGGCGCGCGCGCGAGCCGUCGUGGAGGACAAGGCGCGAGGCGCUCGAGUGUUGGAAUGCGUCGACGCCAACGUGCCUUUGACGAGCAUAUUAGACGUCGACAUGACGGAGGAACAAAAAAUCGUCGUUCGCGGUCCUCUAUCACUAGAUCCGUCGAGGAAGACCACGCACUUUGCCGGUGGUUCGCAGAGCUCGUGCAACUCACUGGCGCACGAAACCACGUCACCGCUCGUGUUUGCGCGAUUUCAGCAUUGGGCGACGAAGAUGAUGCCCGCGGCGACGAUUCGCGCCAAAGGCGUGUUGACUCUCGCCGAGGAUGAAAACCGAGAGAGCUACGAUUUCCACUUUUCCGGCAAGCGU